GGUGCUAGACAACCUGAAAGGUUAUGCUGUACGGGCGCUUGUCAAUGCUGUUGACCACAUUGGCACCGUUGCCUACAAAUUAACUGACCUUCUUGAGCAACAAGCCUCGGAUGUUUCAUCCGUGGAGCUGAGGGUUACAUGUUUAAAUCAGCAACUUCUAACAUGCCAAACCUAUACGGAUAAAGAAGGUCUCAGGCAGCAACAGUUAUUACCAAUCAUCCCAAAGCAUCACAAGCAUUACAUCUUGCCAAAUUCAGUAAACAAGAAGGUGCAUUUUAGCCCACAAAGACAGACGGAUGCCAGACAAAGUCAUAUUCAAGCAAGAUCUCGUCUUUAUCCUUCAGGUACCCCAGCAUCAAGCACUCUGUCUUGGCAUUUAGCAUCAGAAACCAAGUCUACCUUGAAAGGGACUUCACGUGUGUUGAUGAGCACUGAAGACUCGAAAACUUCUGGGGUGUUCAAUUCGUUUGACGGGACAAGGGCGAAAUCCUCACCAGCUCACCGUCAGUUGUCCAAUCUGGGGCCUGCUUCAAUUGCAGCUAUGCAAACAUUAGGUGCCAUACAGGAGGAUUCUCAGGAGGGCUCCAAGUCUUUGACAGCAUUCCGAUCAUUUGAUAACCCACGCCGACGUGAGAUUGUCCACGCCCCAGUUCGCAGCAAGAGUGUGCUUUCUGCUUUCUUUGUUAAACAGAAGACACCGAAAUUGAAGGCCACAUCUGUCUUGUGAAUCCUGAAUCCACAAAUUGAAGAUUGCAACCAGCUAACCUCUCGAUUCUGUUGGGAUUUUUUGGGGUGGGGUGGGGUGGGGAUUUUGAUAAACUCUAUUGCAUUUUCUCUCAUUUCACGGUAGAACACAUACUAUAGAAGACGCUCCAUUGACACAUUAUCUACGGGUGAGGAGUUCAUUUAUAAAUACUGGGUCUUAUUUAAAUUUAUUAUAGGCGAUUUACCACUGACUUAAACCGAGGGAAAGUGUAAUAGAGAUUAGGGAGUGUGUGGGGGAAGAAAUUCACCUGGUCAUCUCUUACACAUGUUGAUGAUGUGGGCUUUUUUCCCUGGUCACUCAUUGUAAAUCACCCUUUAUUGUUUGAACGUUUUGCUUGGUGGCUAAUAACAAC